UGGGAAGCUGCAAACUGGGAGCAGCCUGCGCAGGAGGCAGCCUGAGAAGGAAACUCUUGGCUGCAGCAGGUUCGCAAGGUUUGGAGUUGUCCUCUGUGCUGCCCGUCAUGGACUGCUCCCUUCCCUUCAGCUCUGCCACGCAGCGCUCGCUGCAGCAGGACAAGGAGCAGCUGGAUCAGCAGAGGCGUGCUCGGCCCCACUCCCUCCAUCCUGAGCGCAGUGUGGCUGCCCAGCAGUCCUGGGUCGGGCGCAGGGAGCCCCUGCAGUGCCAGGAUCUGCUGGUGCAGAACGCGCUCUUCACCGGGGACCUGGAGAUGGUUCAGAAGUUCUUCACCCGGAGCGCAGCCAUCAACCUCAUCAUUGAGACCAGGAGUGAGGAGCUGCGCUGGACCAGCAAGAAAUUUGGACUGUGGUCUCUGAGCUACGAGCAAGAGCUCACCACUCCACUACACAUCACAGCCAGCCGGGGCUACGCAGACUGCCUGCAGCUCCUGCUGCUCAGGGGUGCUGCCGUCAACUUUGCACCGGGGGGUAAGACUGCCCUGCACGAGGCUUGUGUGGCGGCCAGCACUGACUGCGUGCGCCUGCUGCUCAGCUUUGGUGCUGACCCUGAGGCUGUCUCUGAGGAUGGCUACAAGCCUCUGCAUCUCUGCAAGAGUCCAGACUCCAUCAAGUGCGUUCAACAGCUGCUGAAGCACGGUGCCCAUGUGAACAGCCGGACAGAGGAGGAAGAGGACACAGCGCUGCACGUGGCAGCACGACAUGGCCUCCCCAGUCACGUCCAGCUGCUGCUGCAACACGGAGCAGAGCUGGAGGCGAGGAACGAGGAGGGGCAGACGCCGCUGAAUGCUGCCUGCGCGCAGCCCCACUCGCCCCAGGACAUGGAGCGCUACUACAAGGUUUGCCAGCUGCUGGUGGAGAGCGGUGCCAACGUCAAUGCUGCUGACAGGGACCAUCAGCACCCACUGCACUUGGCCUGCAAGAACGCCAGCGCUCAGAUAGCAGAGCUACUGCUGGCCCGGGGCGCAAACGUCAACAUCAUGAACUACAGCGGCAACACAGCCCUGCACAACAUCCUGCAGACAGCUGCCUACAAGCUGGAGCACCAUCCUGAGCUCGUGGUGCGGACCCUGCUCAACUACGGGGCCAUCCGCAUCUGGCCUGGCUCCCUCCUCAAGGUGCUGCGGUACUGCAAUGCCUGCCCGCGUGCCAUCGAGGCGCUGAUGAACUGCUACGACCACGUGCGUGUGUCUGAGGAGUGGGUGUCUGCGGUGCCAGCAGAAGUUGUGCAGAAGUAUCCCCGUUUCUACCAGUCGCUGUUCUCCCUGCAGCAGAGGCCCCGCUCCCUGCAGCACCUGGCGCGCUGUGCGCUCAGGGCCUUCCUGGAGGGCCGGCUGCUCCCGGUGCUCUCCCAGCUGCACCUGCCCAGCGCCCUGCACCGCUUCCUGCUGCUCAGCUUCGAGGACGUUCUCUACUGAGUGCGUGGCCCUACAUCCCACUGUGUCUUCCUGUGCAGAUUUUACGUCCGUCCAGCCGAUCCCUUCCCUCUUGCUGCACUCUGCCAGUGCCUCUGCUGUGCUGUCCCUGCCAUCCCUGUGUGCUGCUAUGGAGCGCUCCGUGCACCCACACUAACCACGACGAGCUCCAGACUCACCACGAAAAGCAAGAGGUGAGGCUCAGGGCAUUUUGUGGAUCGGGGAAACGUGCUGGACUGAUCUCAGCUUUGUUGUAGACCAUCCGCCUUCCUAUCCCAAACCUACAAAUUCUAACCAGACCCAGGCUGCUCUGCUGUCACAGACAUCUGUUGGAUCUUAUCUUUUGUCAUGUUUACAGUCUGUACACAAGGCUUUUUGAAAUAAUCACUAAUAAAUGCCAGCCUACAACUUCAUGCAGGCUGCAUGUCCCAGCUCAGUGAGACAGCUGUGCACAGCAGCUCAUGUACUCAGCCCUGUACGUCCAUCUGCUCCUCUGAGGACCAGGGACGAAGGGUGCUGGACACAGAGCUGAGGCUUCCUGAAUGCACUCUUCCCAUGCAGGUGCAGUGUCUGGAUUUGCCAGGCCUUGCAGCUUAGGGCAGUGCUUGUGCCAGCUCCAGGGCUGUGGGGCGAGCAGGAACUGUGCCCUGGGUACAGAGCAGCCUGCCCCUGUGCCCCCAGCCACUGACAGCCCAGUGCAGGGCCACGCACAGCUCGUGCUGCACUGUGAGAAAGGUGAAGGUAGCAUCUGCUUCUGUGAUUUUAGGUCAGUGCUGUCAAGGCUAACCAGCUCUUAGCUAUUUGCUGGAAGUUAAUUCCAUCCUGCCACUGCCUCAGGGAGUGUCUAGGCUGCUGCUGUCUGGCAGUCUGUGCUAGGACAGCACUGUGAUCACUCCUCUUUGUGCAAUGAUCUUCUGAAGCCUCUGAAUAUCCACACUGGUCCCAGGGCACAGG